AGCCCCAUCCUUCUUCUGUCUGCCGCUGAAAUACUCUGCGGAAAAAUAUUGCGAUAUAGGACUUAUAGGAGUUGAUAAUUCUGCCAUUCGCUAGUGAAGAUUAUUGUUCAUCCUACAAAUUUUGUGUUUUGGAAGUUAUUCCUUUAUUUUUCUUUGUUGUUAACGAUCAAGGAGCACCAUGGCUGCACCGAUCGUAAAUCCACCUACCCCUUUCACAACGAUAAUUCCUGGAGGGUUUUUCCCCGGUAAAAUGAUCCGAAUUCGAGGAUUCGCUCCAAUGCACGGUCAAAGGUUCGAUAUAAACCUUCAGACUGGACCAGGAGGCGAAAUUGCUGGAGAAGAUGUGGCACUUCACGCUUCAGUUAGAUUAACAGAGGGAUACAUUGCCAGAAAUACUUUCCAAGGAGGAUGUUGGCAGGAAGAAUUGGGUGAUGGUGGAAUGCCCAUCCAAUUGGGUCAAAGAUUUGAGUUCCUCCUCUUGUGUGAGGCCUUCGACUACAAGAUUGCUGUGAAUGGCCAGCAUUUCUGUAGUUUUCCUCCGAGGGUCCCUUACAAUAGAAUUACUCAUCUUCUGAUUGAAGGUGAUGUACAACUGGAAAUGAUUUCUUGGGAGGGUAGUGGAGCUAGUGCUCCACCAAUGAACGAACCUCCCAAGUAUGGAGAUGCUAUAGCUCCUCCACAGUACACACCACAACAAACUUAUGUGCAACAGUCGGCCCCCAUGCCCCCACCAGGAGCGGUUGUACCUCCUCGUAGAGUUAGUGUAACCUCUGGAACAUAUUGUUCAUCUCGUAACAGGAAGAAUCUUCUCAAAGCUGUUUUAGUUAUCGUCUAUUUUUCUGGUUUCGUUUUCGCUUUUCAGCAUAUUCGACUGUAAUACUAACAAUUUUUCAUUGAUAUUCGCAUUUUGGUCCCUCAGCUUUUCAGUGUCUUGUCCUAACUUUGAAGUUAUCGAUUAAAUUGUCCAUUUGUCUAUACGUUCAUUGUUUGCUACAAUAAAAAAUUAGCAUUUCUACGUCAUCCCAUCAAAUUGAUUGAUGAGAUAAAAAAGUCCAUUCUCAACUGGUGUAUUCUUCAUGUUCAUUUCAUGUUUGUUAUGGUCCAUUUGUUAUAGCUGUUUUCAACUUGAAAAUUUCGGUAGGUAAACACUUUUGAUCGUGUUUUGUCUAGAGAAUGUCCGUGUGUCAAAAUAUUUUCUCAUUGGUUCAUGAUUGCCUCAAAAUUCCAUCUUUAAGAACCCGUUUGAUAGUCUCAUUCCAAAAAAUUGUCUGCUGUCUCAUUUCACUUUUCACAUUAAUAUGCAUUGUGAAGAGUUAUUUUAAAAUUCAUUAUUUCACCUCUGCCAUAAGUUUUCCCUUUAAUACCUCAGUAUAAAUAACACUGCACUCUUAAAUCAGUUUUUGUGAGGCUAAUUUUUUAUUAUUUUUGUAUUUCACUCUGCAUUUCUACACCCAUAUCAAUAUAUCCCUUUAUGUGUUUCGAUAUUGUCAAUGUUUGAUUGUAAUUGUUGUAACUCAUAUAUCUGGUUGAUUCAAUUUUUUCACGUGGAUUUCUGGGAAUAAAAAAAUGGAAUACUCGAAAGAGUAUGUUGAAUGUACGAAUAUUAUACGUGUUAACCGAAUCUAUUCUCUUGCAUUAGAAAAACAAAUAUGUUGAUGUUCAAUUAUUCUAGUUCAAGUUUCUAACGUGACAAUACUUCAGGUUCUAAAUAAAAUUGUAGCUUACUAUACGAAAAAAAUGCUGCUAUGAUAAGGAAAAAGGUGCCUUAUCCUUAAUUUGUUCGCCUUCGAUGUGUUACUUAUGUUUUUGUAUCUGAUUUUGAUGUGUAUUCGUUUUGGGUUGAUUUUAGAUCCGCACAAAUUUUAUAAUAUUCUAAUCAUUAUGAUUGUGUUGGCUGUUGUGAAAAUACUUACGAUUCUAACAUGCUCUAUUUCUGAAUGACCAAAGUUUCCCUGUAUUCCAGUUGCCUAACCGAAUUAAAUACUUAUUUUUUCCGAUAGAUCAAAUAUUUUUCUCCAAGUAAGUACCGAGCAAAAAUGUGAUGAUAUUGUGAACUAACCAAGUUGGCUUCUCAUUCUGUUGAAUGCUUCCCUGAAAAAAAUUUCUCUUUCAGAUGCCAACAAGUAUAUUCCGUGACCCUUUGCUUUGGUACGGUUCAGAUCAAAAGGGUACACUUGUUUUUUUCUUAAUAUUAGUAGCCAUCAUGGUGACGCUAUUCGUUGUUUCAUUUUAUUUCAUGAUAAGAUCCUUUCAUACACCUGUUCAGAGUUUUCAAGAAACGAUGAGUAAUAUUGAUGACUAUGUUUCAAAUGAUAAUAUAGAUUACCCAGGAUAGAUCAUGAAUGUAGUAACAAUAAAUCGGUUAAGGCAAUUCCAAUUCCUUGUUUGUACAGAAAUAGGGUAUGUUUUCCAAUUUUCUAUCAGACUUAAAUAAUGAUUUUACUUAUUUUAUGUUAUUUUGAUCAACUUGAGAGCAACUUGUACGAUUUAAUAUGUAUACUCUAUAGUUUCAGUCUUCUCGGCAUAAUUUUAUAGUGUCGAAUAUUGUUAUUGUUCCAUUAUUACUGGUUUUUAGGAUUGUAUAGUCGUGAAAAUAUAAUGAACUAUUUUUUGAUAUUUGCUGUUAUCCUACAUUUUCAACGAUAUACAAUAAAGUUUACAUGUGAAGUA